AUGGAUAUUGAUCCAAAGAUUAUCAAACGAACGCAGGAGACAUUGGGAAAGAUUAUACGUAAACCUACAUUGACAGACAAAUUGUUAUCCCGACCACCGUUUCGUUUUCUCCACGAUAUCAUUACCGCUUUCAUACGAACCACUGGUCUGAUGAAAGGUCUAUUCACACCGGACGAGUUGGUUGCGGACAAUGUAAAAGAAAAAGAGAACAAACUGACAUUCUUGCAAAAAGUCGUCGACUAUCUGUCAGUUGUGCAUGACACCACAAUCCCCGUUCGAAUUAUGAGCAUUAUUGCUGGCAAGGAGCCAGAGAAAACAAACGAGCUACUAGUUUAUCUGGCCGAUACCGUAAACAAAAAUGUGAACAAUGACGAGUGUGUUGCUCGUGCAUUACAUGGUGGCGGUAGAGCGGGUGGAGCAAGGAAAACAAAAUCUCGAAGUCCGGAAUCACUGACCAGUGCAAAAUCCCGCGUUGAAAAAUCAGGCCAACCACAAGGGAAUAAAACUGCAGAUAAAGAGACACCGCAGAGAAAAGAGGAACCGGACGAAGGAAAAGCUGCCAGACGUUACAAAAAAUCCGAGAAAGAAAAACACGACGAUCGAACGAAGAAACACAUGGCCCGUCAGAAAUCUGUCGAGAAUGAGCUGGAACAAACGAAUGGAGAUAAGAUAACCCCGGAUCGAAAGGAUCGUGAUAAAAACGAGAGUGGUCGUCAAAGUCGUAUAGGCCCGGACCGUCAGAGCCGUGUAAACAGUCGCUGUGAAUCGAUCGGAAAGGAGAAAAUUCACGACGACGAUACAGCGAAACCAGUAUCCGGUUUGUCUGAAUCACCUGUGCAGCCUGCCAAGCUGGUUCGUCCACCAUCCGCGAAAGGAAAUCGCGUACGAAAAGAAGGUAUACUCAUUUGA